AGCAGCUGGUGAAAGAGAGCCAAUCCCCUGAUAGCCCUUGCUACUCCUGCAUCUAAUUGGACCUGUGACUGCGGUUUUAGAGGGAUGGGGCUUGCUAUGUGGCUAAAAGUUCUGGACCCAACAAGCCAGAUGCAGUCCUCUUCCACUUUUAAGGAGAGCAGUGGUCACAGCCAGUGGGAGCUUUUAUUAAUCCAAUAGUCUCUGGCACUGAAGGCAGAAAGUUCAGUUGCUAAUUGGAUUAUUGUGGGAUUAUUUGGAGAGGAGAGAAGUUUCUCAAAGCAGAGGAAGGUCAGGAGUAUAUGGAAGUGAAAAGAAGGCACUUCUUUGGAUUUGCUGUGGAUGGCCUCCCAUAGGGCUUGAAAGACACCUGCUAGAUUUCGGUGGGCCAGUCCUGACAAUAGAACAUCACAUCAUCAAGUUCUAGAUCAAAACCAACGAGCAUUCCUACAACUGCAAAGUGUCUUGGGGCAGGGGAUGCUAUAUUUCAAAAGAAUCAUAGAAAUUAGGAAACAGAGGUGGGAGAUCAUGAGUUUUCAGAGCAAAAAAUAUACUAGGAGUAACAACGAACAUACACACAUGUCUCUUGUGGAAAGGAAAAGAAUUUGCAAUCUGGAAAGUGAAAGAAAUUUGUGUUUAAAAAAAAAAAGACCUUCAAUAAACAUAAGAUCCCACCCCCUUGGCAACUCUUCUUCCACUGUCUCUGACUUCAAGGGAGGAGUGAACCAAUUAUCUGUGAGUUCUGCAGAAGGAAAACCUGCAACUUACCAGCUGCUGGGGGAGAGAGACAGCGAGCGAGGCAGGGAGGAAGAAUCAAUAGACAAAUUCUAAAAUUUAAAGAAAAAGCAAAGCAUUUUUAAACAAAUAUUAGAUGGUGGGGGGAAUCUUUUAUCUGCCAGGAUUUUUUGCAGUGCAGGAGUGAGGGUGUACUUUCAAACCUGCUAUCAUAAGAAACUGCCAGGCUCUCCAGCCCCUAGUUUGCUUCCCCCUCUUUAUUUCACGGGGUCUACAUAAAAGCAUUAUGGGUCAGCUGAAUGCACACACUAGCCUUGGCCGCUAGGUGUCGCACCAGAGGCCACUUCCACCCAAAUGAGUCUACGAAUUACAAGUUGCAAGAAAAGCAAGUGUGAGUGGGAGACCUAGUGAACUGAGAGUACCAGGAGAAGAGCAAACCUCUUCAGAGGGGAAAAAGAACAGGAGCACUUCUGGUACAGAGAUCCUACUUUGGACCAUGUCAAUCUUCUGACCCAAUAAAGAUCACCCAUGGGGAACCAGCCCCUGGAGUGCUCUGGUUUUUCCCAGUCCAGCUAGGGUCCAAAGUGGUGGAGAAGAGCCCAGCCCAGUGACUCGGGAUCCAGAAAAAAGCAGCAGCAGCCUCUGAUUAAAACCAUCAAGACAGCUUCAUCCACGACACUAAGAUUCAGGACUUCUCCUCCAGACAAAGAAAGGAGGCUUGAACUUGGUCUCUUUCUCCGAGUAAGAGAGGAGAAAGGUUUGAGUCAGACAGAAGCUGUGGUGAUGCGAAGAGCGUGAAAGACAAACGAAGGUUCCAGGUUAUGCUGCACCCUGCAAGUCAGCACCAAGCAAUGAUGAAGACUGUGUCCAGUGGGAACUGCACCCUGAGCGUGCCAGCCAAGAACUCCUACCGCAUGGUGGUGCUGGGAGCCUCCAAGGUGGGCAAGAGCUCCAUCGUCUCACGCUUUCUCACUGGCCGCUUUGAGGACCAGUACACUCCCACCAUUGAGGAUUUUCACCGCAAGGUCUACAACAUCCGGGGAGACAUGUACCAGCUGGACAUCCUGGACACAUCUGGGAAUCACCCUUUCCCUGCAAUGAGGAGGCUUUCUAUACUGACAGGAGAUGUUUUCAUCCUGGUGUUCAGUUUGGACAACCGAGAAUCCUUUGAUGAGGUCAAGAGGAUCCAAAAGCAGAUCCUUGAAGUCAAAUCCUGCCUGAAGAACAAGACCAAGGAGACAGCUGACCUCCCCAUGGUGAUCUGUGGCAACAAAAAUGAUCAUAGUGAAAUCUACCGCAAGGUGCGCUCGGAGGAAGCAGAGAAGCUUGUCUCCAGUGAUGAGAAUUGUGCUUACUUUGAAAUCUCAGCCAAGAAAAACACGAACGUGGAUGAGAUGUUCUAUGUCCUCUUCAGCAUGGCCAAGCUACCUCACGAGAUGAGCCCUGCCCUUCACAGGAAAAUCUCCGUCCAGUAUGGCGAUGCCUUCCACCAAAAAUCCUUCAGGAUGCGCCGGGUCAAAGAGAUGGAUGCCUAUGGCAUGGUCUCCCCCUUCGCUCGCCGACCCAGUGUCAACAGUGACCUGAAAUACAUCAAAUCCAAAGUUCUCAGGGAAGGCCAGGCAAGAGAGAGGGAGAAAUGCACUAUCCAGUGAAGGGGUAUCCGCCAUUCUGAGUGAAGUCAUUGUGUUGGUGCAGUGCCUUAAAGAAAAUGGUUUGAGAACGGGUUCAUAGCACCCACCUGAUGGAGGAUGCCCACCAUGACCAUAAGCAUGGCUCUUCCUCAGACCUCCACAGCAUCGCUAAUGUAAAUACUGUAGUAAACUUCCAAGCUACCCUUGUAAACAGUUGAGGAAAUCAGAGGUCUGAAAGGUGACUAGCUUCUUCAUUUCUUAAUUAAGUUCCUUUUCGUUCUUCUCCUGUCUGAAGAACUUGGACUUGUAAAGAAGGAUUUGCCUCAUGCCUACCCAGGGAAUAGGUCAGUAACACCGAGAAGGCAUUGGGUAUAUGUAAAUAAGAGUAACCCAUCAUUCAGCCUCUGCUGAGAAAAACAAAUGUGUGUCUUUUUUCAAGCACACUUUAAAAAUGCUCCAGUUUACCUAUCUUCAUUCAACGGAUAAUGGUAUUAACCCAGGCUCUCCAGACUGAGGAUGGACUCUAUACAUGGGUAUGCAAUUCUGACUGGCCAGUUAGAUGACCUCUGGUUUGCUGUAUCUUAGAAAGUCUGAGAGUGAUGAAAUUUUGCUGUACCGGUGGCAAUGUCUAGCCGCCAUUGAUGUAAAUGUCACUUUUGUAUUAUAGCUUUAAUCUUGUUUUUGUUUUGUUUUUUUCAAGUGAAACCAGAUGGCAAUUGUGUAUCUGAAAUGAAAACCGUGUCUCUGUUCUAGAAUUGCCAAGUAUUUUCAGUUUUAAGGUUACAUAAUAUGUACAGUAAUGGAUAGUGAAAUUGUUGUACUGUAAAGCCAACACAUCUGACUGCUAGCUCUCCUCAUGUGUGAUUGUGUCUCAAAAUAAGCACAAAUCUGUUACAGGUACUCAGAAUACUUCAUUAUAAAUACUCACUCUGCCCCACCUCUCUAUCAGAGCAAUGGUUCCUUCCUCCUGUCUUUGACAAGAGAUUAACCUGAUUUGAAUUUUGGCUUGGACCAUUAUAGAAAGAGGUUUGGACCUUCCUCUGAAAUUCAGGGGUGACAGGAUGUGGGAAGUUGAUUUGGAACCAACUCUGCUUCCAGAGUUCUCCUUAUUACUGGUGGGGUUUGCCCCUGAACAGAGGAUGGGCAUAGGCACCACUAAAGUCCCUGAGAGCAUAAUCCUUGUGCUAACUCUCUGUACAGGGUGAAUUUUGCCACUGUGAUUAAUUUGGGGUUGAGUCACUCUUUCCCAUUCCUCUCUCGCCCUGGUCCUUCGCUGCUAUCUCCCUGCCUUUUCCAUUUCAGCGUCUCUUGCUUGGUGUGCUGGGGCCCUGUGUGCACUCAGAGAGCCGGAUGUAUUCCCUCAGAUAUGAGCAUGCCACUCCCAUUGACUUAAAUGGGUGAUGGGCAUACGUAGCUGUGGGCAGAAUCUGGUUCUAAGAUUAAUUGUAAGUAACAACAGUGCAUAUAUUCUUCCCAUGAGUGUGUGAUAUAUAUACCUCAUACCAGCCCUGGCAUAUUCCACCCCGCCCCCAUCCCUCACAUACUGCCCCUAUAUGUAUCCAUCUCGCUGUGUCCUGUCUGGAGCUGUGGGCUGAAUGCUAGUUCAUUCUGUAACUUGACAGGUGACAAAGAAUGAUGGAUAUUUGCUAGAAAUAGCUUCUGAGAGACCCAAUCCCGUCUUCACUUGUCCGUCAUUCCAUCCUCGCCUUGUAUCGUUCACAGUUAAAACGCACAAGUGUUUGAUUCCUGGUGCCAUGGCAACACCCUAUAUUAUCAAGUCUCUCUCACUCUCUAUAAAUAUGUAUACUGUUUAUGAUUAAACCUGAUUUAUUUAUUAGCAGUGUCCUGCCUGAUUUUGCUUUUAGCAGGAGUAAUUAGGAAGACUGUAGGGUUUUUAUGUAAGGCGUCAGGGGAUUUUGAACAGGGGACUUCAGUUGAUGCCUUAGAAAAGGAUUCUGGUUCCCGAUGGGAGCAUAAGUUUAAAGGGAUUUUCAUAGCCCUUUCGGACUUCAUGUUUGACAUU